AUGAAAAACAAAAAAGAAAACAAUAUCACAGCAAUGGGAAAACGAAUACUCAUUGUGGCAUCGGUUUUAAUGGUUUUAGCCGGACUUGUAGGAGUGCUCUUGGAGGUACACAAGAUGUCACAGGACACCAAUCUUACUCUCGUCAAGCACGACAUCGUCGGGGACUAUGAUGAACUUUAUGACGAGUAUUUUCCUCGUCACUAUCAUGCCACAGGACUCCUCACUCUUCCAUUCGAUGAUAUCGUGGAGCCUUUUGAGGCGUGGUUUGCUGGGGACAGGAAUAUGAGUAGAAUUGACUAUUAUUAUGGUACGUAUUUGCAAAUGAUUGAAAAAUGUUCAAUGAACCGUUGAAUUGUAACCCAACAAUUACAACCUAAAAAUUAAGUUUGUUUUUUCUUUCUUAUGUUUAUAUUUUGGUUAUACAUUUGCUUGUUUUGCGGGUAAUCUGCAGUAUUGAUGCUCUCUAUUAGUAUUAGUAUUUUAUUAAGAUUUAUUCUAUUAUCAACAACCCUUUAUAAUUUACACUCUAGCAUCAGUAUGCAUAUUCCCCAUACCACCAUACAUUCCUGAGGUCUCCAAGGAGAAUUUGCUUAACAAAUGAAUGGGGGAAAAGAAAACAGAUUUGGUGAAACGAUGAAUUAGUUACAAAGAGUUGGAAAAAAAGGAACAGAAGACUUUAUGUUGUCUCGAUAGAAUCCUGGAUAUAUCCGACCUCGUAUAAUCGCAAACCAAUAUCUAAAUCUAGUAUUUCAUGUUUCUUUCUAAAUUUUUUUUACUACCUUAGGUAUGGACAAAACAAUUCAACGCGGAGACCUCGGUAAGCAUGGCAUCUUGUUUAAGAUCGUACCCAUGCACUCCGAGAUGAAGCCUUCCAACAAGGACUUCAUGAGCUGCUGGUACAAACCAGUUCCAAAAUGGCUUCCGCGUGCAGGACAGAGCGUUAUACCUACAAAUCUGUCGGAGUUUAAGGUUCGAACGGAUAAGUAUGCUUGCUGUCGACUGUGUUGUACACCUCUUUCAAGUAUUUCUAUUAAGCUCACCUUGCUAGAGGUGUUGGUUGGAGGAGAAUGCAACGCUUAAUCUUGAACCAAGAUGACAAUCACUUGUGUGUAGGAAGUCUGUGUACGGGAAAUGGGAUCCCAGGGUUGUUGGAGGAGGGGUGAUGGUAGGGUUUUCUCUUGUACCACAAUGGGUUACGAUGAAUCAUCAUUUUGUGCUUGCGCUGAGUAUAUUUGUACAUCAUUGAAUAAAUUUAAUUUGUCGCGCAUUACACGACUUGCUGCAAAGUCGUCGUGCAUUGCUUCUACAUCGGCUUUAACCCUUUUGUAACCUAACAUCAGUCUGCAUAGUCUCCACACUGUUCUGCAUUACCUAAGAUGUUAAUAAGGAGCAUUUAUUUGACAAUCAUGAGCUUCUGUAAUCGGUGAUCAUUUCCUUUAUUCUCAUGACCUUGAUGUGCGAUUCAGGGGUGAUAUUACGGGGGAAAAUCGGACGCUUAUCACUUCAAGGGGGUCAAAGGGGUUGAAUCCCAGACUAAUAAUGUUAUUCUACGGGUUUGCUUCUGUCGAACAUUAUCCUUACACCUAUUUAUGACUUCCCUUCGUAACAAUUUCAAUUGUUGAUCACGUAAUGUUUUCAUCUUAAUUUUGCCAAAACUUCAAAUGUCCUUUUGCCAACAAGCUGGUCGCACUGACGAGUUUAUUAAUGAAUAUUUCAAUUCCCAACAAUAUUCAAUAAUUUUUUUUUAUGCGAUGAAAAACCUCGACCUUAUUGAAACUUUCAAAAGAAUAGGCAGAGAAGAAAGAAGACAACAAGUUACAUACAGUGGUAUGCCCGACAAUUAACUCUAAGUUCCUUUUUCAGUUUGUUUCCGAGGAAACGCAUCGAGGAAUGCCAUGUUUUAAAUACGAGAGAAAAUACAAACGUUACAAUAAAAGCAAUGUAUACAGCUUUUACGUAACCAAAAACACACCCCACAGACCUCUGCGAUACGAGAUGGUGGGCUAUGACGACAUGCUGACGUCUCAUUACGAUCACUACGUGUUGGACUAUAUAUCAUUCGAGCCUUGGAGCUUUAACAGAUCCUUGUUAAGUUUGCCGAAAAGUAAGUGUUGUUUUAGAGAUUAUUGGGUAGAGCAGUUUUAAAUUGCCUGUUUCUUAACCUAACCAGAAGCAUUUACGAUGGCUUAUCACAAAACGCAUAAGUAACACAGUGAGUUACUGAGGUUCACUUCGAACAAGCACACGUGCUAGGUUUCAAGUAAGGUGGGAGGGGGGGAAUCACUGGUAACUGAGUCGCAGUUUUUCUUGGGGGGGGGAGGUGGUGAGCGGUAGCGAGAAGUUUGUAAACAAAGUGGAGAGCUAGUUUAGUGAAAGCAGAAGACUUCGGGAUGGGAUACAUUCCUCACCAAAUGGAAUGAUUAUGUUGGUGUUUUGUAAGGCAUGAAUCUCGGCUGCUUUUCGUAUAAAACUCUAUUUGUGGAUAGAAAUUGACACUGUGAGAGCAGCAGUAUCCUGCUCAAACGGAAACAAAAUUACAACAUAGUAGCGCUCGGGGGCAAAUGUUCGGACCUAUUCUUCCCUCUGCGACUGCGGACUCUCACAUCCGGCAGUAGUUAUAGGUGCCACACAUAUCCUGAAACGUCAACUCAUCGCCUCACUAGAUCAGUGAUUGCGCAAUGUUAGUCUUUAAAACAAAGUUAGUUUAUAAGUCCUGAAUGCAUAACAUGCCUCCAAUAAAAUUUGCAUUUUUUUUUUGAAAGACUCGAGCUGCGACAAGAAAGCGAAGAAAUUACGUUCGCACUAUUUAGCGAAUCCUAUGGCGGAAUACAUGCACUUCAAACAUCACAAAGAUUACGAGCUCGACAAGACUUACGAUGACUACAAGGCAACACAUGGCAAGCAUUACACAACUGCACCGGAACACGAGCGACGAAAACAUAUCUUCAAACACAAUCUCAGGUACUUACAUUAUAAUUAUGCAUGCCAAUCGUGUUGGUAGAUCCUUCGGCGUACUUUGCACGCUGCUAGCUUUGUGUCUCAUCACAAAUUUUCUUGUAAAAGUAUUUGGAUGUCUUGCGUAUUAGCUACAAAAAGUAUAAUAGAUCCUCAACCUUUUGAUCCCUCAGGGUCAAAAGGUUAAGGUCGCGAGAAUAAAGGAAGUGUAACCGACGAAAAAAGCUCUUGGUUGUUAAACAAAUUAUCCAUGUCGGAAGCAUAGGAAAAAGCGUUCCCUCCUCUCGCGCGUUCCUCUCGUACCUUCCUACCCCUCCUCUUUACCACUGUUUGCGCCUACCACGCAGGCUUUUACGUGAGGAAAACCAAACCAAUCACUACAAACUUAAGAGUUGUACUAAGCGCUGUGGUGACAAACUCUUAACUUCCGUCGCCAUUCGCCUCUCAGAAACGUCUGUGCUAAGGUUCUUCAUUUCCCUUACUCAAACGAUAGUCCGUGCACGCGCUUUUGAGACAACAGGACAGAACCGUGUGCAGGGGAAUACAAGAGCAUCUGUGAAGGGGAAGGAUACAGAAUUUUUAGUAAUAAUCGUAAAGUCGAAGUGAUGACGAUGGUGAGGGUUUUCUUUGUAGAUACAUUCGCUCGAAGAAUCGUGAGAACCUGAAGUACAAAUUAGCUCCAAAUCACAUGGCUGACAUGACAGAACAGGAAGUGAAUUUACACAAAGGAUUACUUCACGAAAAGAAACUCAAGAAAUCCAAGUCUAAUACGCUGGCGUUUAACGAGUCUGUAGUACAUACAGACCUCAUUCCACAUCAACUGGACUGGAGAGAUUACGGUACUGAAGUUAACCGUUUGACCACUUAGAGUGACCAGCAUCUAGUUUCUCCUCACAAUAUCACCCCUGAAUCACACAUUAAGGUCACAGGAAGAAAGGAAAUGAUCACCAACUAAAGAAGCUCUUGAUUAUUGAACAAAUUCUCCUAGGGAGCUCCUUAAGUAAUGUGUAUGGAACGGUAUGGAGAAUAGAGAUGGUGAUGUCAGGGUGUAAAGAGUGAUUCACUUUAGAUUUAUCUCUUUACGUGUUUUACUCCCUCCGACAUUGAGCAGUUAUCAAUUUAGUGUCGCAGUCAAUACGGAAUUGCAUCAGAUUGCAUUGGGUUUGAUUUUCCCCUUUCUGUUAAUCGGUCUGGAAAACUUUCGAUACCCUCUCAACUAUCAGAUGCAAGCUAAGACUAAACGACUCAGCCAAUUGUCUGAGGCCGCAAACUUAUGUUUACUCUUGGACUCCCAUUGCUCCUUUGUGAUACGUAACUUUGCUCUGACUGGCCCUUGUGAUUGCCUUAUGUUUGGUUUAAUGGAAUGCGCUCGAAGAGUGUACUAUGCGGCUACUUAGCUUGAUGAGGCCAAACUUGUUGACAUUCAUAUAGCUAUGCCACGGGUAAAUUAUUUCUAAUCAUCUGUUACCUUUUCGGAUUGUUUAAGGGGUUGAGGAGGGGAGGUAAUGUUCAGACUAGUGCUGUAAGAGGUGGGAGGAGGGGGGGGACUUCAGGCGAUGCAUAUGGAUAUUUCUUACUUUUCUCUCCGUUCUUUGUACAUCAGGUGCUGUGACUCGUGUUCAUAGUCAAGGUUUGUGUGGAUCAUGCUGGACAUUUUCUGCUCUUGGAGCAGUGGAAGGAGCUCAUUUUUUGAAGGUAGUACAUGACGAUCCUUCCAGUGUUCCAUUUUUUAAAUGCAAUUUUUGCUUUGUAGAUAUGAGAAUUCAUCAAACGAUUUUCAAUUGAGUUCUGGAAGCAAUCUGGAAAUGCUCUGACUCUUCUCAACUUGCUGAUUGUGUGGUGUCCGAGUCCUUUCCCAAUAUCUGUCGUUGCCUUGAUUAUCUUGAUUGGCUGCUAAGAGUAUCCAUUCAGUCGCUCUUUAACCACAAGGUAGCAGUUUUAUUGCUAAAAGACUAAGCGAACAAUUUUACCCCGACACAAGCUUAGCGCAAAAUUAGUUGAGCAGACGACUGACACAUUCAACGUGUAACUUACCGCGUUUAACGAUUGUCAAGUACAACUUCAACCAUGCACGGUUGUUAAAACUGCUGAAACUGUGUCAUAUACAUAUGAUGGUUUUGUUUCAUUUCAGUUUCUUUUCUCUUCUUCUUUGACCAGACUGGAGAGCUCCUAGAACUCUCAAACCAGCAGUUGAUUGACUGCUCGUGGCCCGCAGGGAAUCACGGAUGUCGUGGAGGAUUCCAGGACAGGACUCUGAGAUGGGUGAAACGUAAUGGAGUGGCUUCCAGGAGAGAUUAUGGUCCUUACCUUGCACAGGUGAGCUGGCUUUCAGCAUAAGCGAAACCUUGAUUUUAAGUUUCUCUCGUUUUGGAUAAAAUGAGACGGAAAGGCUUGAUUCUGCAUUGAGUUCCAGUUCGAAUUAAGACUGGGUCAUUGAGUUUUCAUGUGUACGACACGUUACUCUUACCGUUUCCUCUCUCUCCCCUUGAGUAUAACAGCGAACUGAUGUGCGAGCCCGAUCAAACUGCGCGGAAACUUGCGCGGGGUAAGGAUCCUGUUUAAGUUUAGCAAUACCUCUAGUCCCUUAUUGCCUGAAGAAGCGGUAUUCGAUCGGGGAGAACAUUUGAAUCGGGUGCAGUCUUCUCAGUUCUAUCCCCUUAUUAGUUUUUACAUUCCUCGCAGGAAGGCUUCUGUCAUUGCGGUAAAUCAGAUAACUGUACCUUCACUCACAUCAGCGGGUUUUCUAAAGUAAAGAAAAACAAUUCUGACGCUCUGAAGGUCGCCUUGGUCACUCAUGGUCCCAUUGUGUCCUCGAUGAACUCGGACCAAAAGACUUUUAGGUUUUACAGCCACGGAAUUUACGAUGAUCCAAAAUGUGGUGAGUUAUAAAAUCCAACUGUUGUAGCUUCCAACUGACAUGAUCUUUUCGUUUUUUAUGCAACGAUUCUAUGGCAACUGCUAUCUCAGCUUGAAUUUGAUGAUGAUAUAAAUUAGAUCUCUUACAAAUGAAUAAGAUAAGCGGAAUUGUAUUGAUUUCAAUUGUAUUUCAUCAAACUAAUGGUUGAGAAACCCGGACGUUAUUUUGCGAGGUAUCUCAUGAAUAACAUCAUGAAAAAUCGUUGCGCGUCGGUUGCAGUUCCUUUCGCAGGAAGCUAAUUUUAAAAGCGAAAAGGAUUGAACAGGGUCACAUCUUUCAAAAGGUCACAUGCUGCUCGAAAUACUGUUUAGAGGACCUAGUAAUAUUUUCCUUAGAGGAAAUUGAUUUCAUUGAAAAUUAUAUCAUUCUGAGCAGAUUUGGCGUCAAAAGGAUCUGUCUAAUCAGAUCAGUUUUGCACAUGAUUGGCACUCGAUGGUUACACCGAUGUUCCAAUCUUGUUCCCAGAGGUCAUGCUCCCCUAAUCCCUUGCGGUGCUUGUUUCCCGCCCGCACCCACUUGUUUGUUUAGUAUUUGGUCAACGCUGCCCGUGUCACAAAAUCUUAUUAAUUCAAACUGCUCUUUCAGAAUCGAUAAUCAUUUCUCGAAACCUAAGUGUCGGAAGGGAAGUGUAAUGAACGCAUCAAAGGUUUUCUUACAUAUUCCUCUUUUUUCGAUAGGAAAGAAGACGAAUCAUGCUGUAUUAACAGUGGGCUAUGGUGCCGAUGACAACGUUCCGUAUUGGAUCAUUAAAAAUUCUUGGGGACACCUCUGGGGUGAUGACGGUUACAUCAAGAUUGCCAUGAAUCAUGACAGAUGUGGAUUGACGAAUGGACCUUUGUUGGCCAUCAAAAAAGAUUCGUCGAUCGCCGAGUUUCCGCUGAAAACACUAAACAAGGUUCCUAGACAGAGCAUAACGUUCUAUUCCGAAGAGGAAUUGAGCAUUAUUCCAUUCUAAGCAACAUGGAAAGUCUUACAUCAAAGUGUGGAGACCCAGAGUAUUAAAGUACUUUUUAUCCACAACCAACUGGUAGAUACGAGGAAUUGAUCAAGCCUUUAAAAAUCAAGUUUGGCAUCGUGAGGAUAGAACGAUCUAAGCUGUAGCAUACGGUUUCCCUCUAGAAAAAUAGUUGACGACCCUUCUCAGGGAUGCAAGGAUGACGAAAAGCGUCUCGAUGUCGUCAUACCUCCCCUGUGGUUCUGCCGAGUCAGCGCUAAGUACCGGCUGUUUGUUCUGAUUAGCGAAG